GUCGUUGUUAUUAAUUCUGUUUUAUUGUCACUAUUAUAAUUUGUUUUCGCAUAUUUUAUGGAAUUAAUUAUAUUGCGCUUGAAUGUAUUACCUAUUAAACCUGCAUCUUGUUUGGUUCUUAAGAAUACUUUUUCCAAUUAGUUUUUAUCAAUGUUUCAUCAAUUCAAGUAAUUGCUUGUUGCAUCAAGUCGAUCAACUCGAUCACGUCCACGUUUUCGUACGUCAAGGCUAGAACAACUCAUCACCGACAAUUAACGACAAGCAACAAUACAUAAAAAGAAAGAUAAUAAAAAUAUUGAAGUAGCUAUCUUGAAAUACACUUUGAGAUACUUCUAUAUAUUACUGCUUUUUAUUAUUAAUUAUUAUUUUUUAUCGAAUGCAGUACAUAUCAUUAAAAAGAAUUAAAUGUAUUUUUAUUUUAUUUGUAAGGACUCUCCCUCCCUCUUCGCUAAUAGAAAACAGAACAAAGCGGCGGCAUGUUAUGACAAUUAUUCCAUUCGCUUUACAAUAGUCGAGACCAGCGAUGUACAAAUAUGAUUCGUGAUUGUUAAGUAUUAGUAAAGCGGGACGAAAGCACGCGCAUGGGACUGGCAGGACUGUAAAAAUUUGACAAAUGCGUUCGUCUAACCACUUGGAUUCAGUGUACCUGUGCACCUGGUGGUCCGCUAUUAAGGAAAUGUCUCUUGACAUUUUUACAAAGAAAAAUGAAAAAAAGAGGUACAGAAUGCCCAGUCGUUUCAUCGCCAUCACUAAAGUUACGAUGGUUACUCGCUCCGCAGAUGUCACUCGUUCGAUUUGUUUUAUUUCGUAACGUCCGAUGACUCUGUUCGGUGUUUGAACGCUGUUAUUCCCAUCUCAUCCAAAUUCCAUAGGUAUGCAGUAAGUCGGAAAAUGAUAUUUAUCACAAAUUUUAGCAGCGCCAGGAACCUUUCUACAUUUGUCGAUUGAAACUGGUGACAUGUGUUAAAUUUGUGGCUUCUAGUUUGCAUAUGGAUAUAUUCGAAGUCGUUUGAGAAAUCUAGUUGACCAAUCUUCACCGGCCAUGCGAGUGGCUUCUCACGAUGCUGGUAUCUUGAAAUUCAAUUUUUUGGCGAACUCAAAGGCUGAACCGAGUUUCUUACGCAGAUAGCCCACAGUACAUUGUUGUUACAAUGUAAAUAUUCCAUCAAAGUGUCACUUUAUGUUCAUAACAUGCAUUUGAAAUUAAGACGUUGCAUGAAUAUGAACUUCGCUGAGUAGAGUGUAUGCGUUUACAAAUUUUCAAAUUUACAUUACAUUUACUUUACAUUAAUUUACAUUACUCACCGAUAAGCCUCCAUGAUAUCGUACGACUAUAUAGCUUCCAAGUGUGCUAUUUCAUCAUUGUUAUUUUUCAGCCAGUCAUUCAACGUAACGACUCUCGGGACUCCGAAUUGUUUUGCGGCUACUUGAAUCUUAAGUUUAUCUUUUGUCGCCGCAAGAAUUGCUCCUUGUCGACGGGAGUCGUUUUGCGACGUGCGUACCAUUUUCUUGCAACACUGACGCAUUUGCAACCGGAAAUAGAGUGAAGCUAUCGCGGUGAAGUUGUCACAGUAACGAGUCCGGUUACAACUUCGUCCCGGACAUGGAUUUCAAGUUUGGUCGCUGAUGAAGUAUUACGAAAAUGAAAACAACUUCACUGAAUACGUGUUCAGCAUACAUACUCUGUAGAAUCCACCUUACCACGGGAUUUGGAGAGGAAAUAAUAUUUAAAACACUAAAAAGUGUUAAUGUGCAUAAACUUUCACUUUUGACGUCCGAAAACGCGUUUGUUGUAAUGAAAAUCACAACAUGACAUAACUUCUCUAAACCCCGUUAGUCACAUGGGCAUCAUGAGUGGCGUUUACAUUAACAGUAAUGGCGAGCUCACGCAAGAUACAUAUUUUGAGAUAACUGUAAUGACGAUUCCGCUCCGGUGACGACUUCGUGCCGGUCUCCCCUAUAUUGAAAUAAAAGAAUUCGCAUCAAGCAGUUCGUUAUAGCGGCUCGCUGCGGUAGUAUUGUUCAACUUUGCCAAUAAGCUUUACGCGAACAGUUUGCUGGGAGGUCUUCACGUAUCACCAUGGAAUAUUGGACGAUACCGUUGGCGAUCGCGAUAGUUAUUCUCAGCAUCUAUUAUUUCUUCAAUUUUUGGAAUUCCAACUUCUUCAAGAAACAUGGAGUGAUGCACGUGCCGCCCGUUCCGAUAUUCGGCAACACAGCGCCCAUCAUGUUUCGCCGAAAAGCAUUUCCCGAUUACAUGGUGACUCUGUAUAACAAGUUUGCAGACGCUAAAUACUUUGGAUUCUACGAUAUGGCGACCCCGAUCCUCAUGCUUCGUGAUCCGGAAAUAAUCAAAUCUAUCCUACUAAAGAACUUCGAGUCGUUUCACGAUCGGCGCGGCUUCGCAGAUUUCAACGACAGCCUGUUCUCAAAGAAUCUGUUCUCUCUUAAAGGACAGAAAUGGCGGGAUGUGAGAGCUUUAUUGAGUCCUUCCUUCACGUCCAGCAAGAUGAAGAUCAUGUUUACACUAAUGUCAGAGUGUGCUGUGGAGUUUGCCGAGUUUCUUUCGACAUUACCAGAGGAUAAAGGAGAGAUGAAUAUGAAGGAUGCGUUUGCCAGGUAUACCAACGACGUGAUCGCCACAUGCGCCUUCGGGAUUAAGAUUAACAGCAUGAAGGACCCGACGAACAAGUUUUUCGUUUACGGCAAAGACGUGACAACUUUUCCGCCAUUCCGCAUUCUCAAGUUCGUCUUUCUCACAGCCUUUCCGCGACUUGGAGACAUCCUCCAUGUGAAGGUGAUAGCCAAGCACGUAUCGGACUUCUUCAAGGGAAUUAUAAAGAGCACGAUCGACAUGCGGGACUCCGAAAAUAUUACACGCCCGGACAUGUUGCAAUUGAUGAUGGACAUCAGGGGCAAGGAAGGUCGAAGAGCACUGGACCUCGACGACAUGAUCGCGCAAGCGUUCGUAUUUUUCUUCGGCGGCUUCGACACCACCUCGACCGCGAUGUCAUUCGUCGCUUACGAGAUUGCGACUAAUCCGGAAGUUCAGAAGAAGUUGCAGGAGGAGAUCGACCAGGUUGUGAAGGAGUCGAAUGGUGAAGUGACUUACGAGACCAUUAAUCGACUUGAUUAUUUAAAUGCCGUAAUAAACGAAGGCCUCAGAUUGUAUACACCGAUCCCCUUCGUGGAAAGAGUAUGCAACAAAACGUAUGAACUAUCGCCUGCACUUCCCGACGGGAAGCCACUUAUCAUGAAGAAAGGUACGAUGAUCUGGGUCCCGAUUUUCGCGCUUCAUCGCGAUGAGAAGUACUUUGAAGAGCCAGAAAAGUUUCGUCCCGAGAGAUUCUUAGAUAAUGCGCACCACAACUCGCCGUAUUAUUUACCGUUCGGGUCGGGUCCAAGAAUGUGCAUAGCCAUCCGAUUCGCUCUUUUGGAAAUCAAAGUCUUGUUGUUUCACCUGUUGGCACGAUGUGAAUUAAAGCCCUGCGCAGAAACUACAAUACCGCCUAAAUUCAAGAAGACCGGUUUUCUGAUGUCGCCCGAGGGUGGAAUCUGCAUCUAUUAUUUCAAUUUUCGGAAUUUCAACUUCUUCAAGAGACAUGGAUUGAUUCACGUGCCGCCCGUUCCGAUAUUCGGCAACUUAGCGCCCACCUUUUUUUGCCGAAAAGCAUUUCCCGAUCUCCUCAUAACUCUGUAUAACAAGUUUCCGGACGCCAAAUACUGUGGAUUCUACGCUAAUACGAUCCCGAUGUUGCUGCUUCGUGAUCCGGAAAUAAUCAGAUCUAUCCUGAUAAAGGACUUCGAGUCGUUUCACGACCGGCGCGGCUUCGCAGAUCUUAACGACAGCCUGUUCUCAAAGAAUCUGUUCUCUCUUAAAGGACGGAAGUGGCGAGACGUAAGAGCUCUACUGAGUCCUUCCUUCACGUCCAGCAAGAUAAAGAUCAUGUUCAGCUUGAUAUCGGAGUGUGCCGUGGACUUUGCCGAAUUUCUUUCGACAUUACCAGAGGGUAAAGGAGACAUGGAUAUAAAGGAUGAGUUUGCCAGAUACACGAACGAUGCGAUCGCUACGUGCGCCUUUGGGAUUAAGAUUAACAGCAUGAAGAACCGAACGAACAAGUUUUUCAUUUACGGUAAAAACGUGACAACCGUUUCGCUAUUCCUCACUCUCAAGUUCCUGUUUCUCUCAAACUUUCCGCGGCUCGGAGGCAUUCUCCGUGUAAGAAUCGUUCCCAAGCACAUAUCGAACUUCUUCAAGGGAAUUAUAAAGAGCACGAUCGACAUGCGGGACUCCGAAAAUAUUACACGCCCGGACAUGUUGCAAUUGAUGAUGGACAUCAGGGGCAAGGAAGGUCGAAGGGAACUGGACCUCGACGACAUGACCGCGCAAGCGUUCGUAUUUUUCUUCGGCGGCUACGACACCACCUCGACCGCGAUGUCAUUCGUCGCUUACGAGAUUGCGACUAAUCCGGAAGUUCAGAAGAAGUUGCAGGAAGAGAUCGAUCAGGUUGUGAAGGAGUCGAAUGGUGAAGUGACUUACGAGACCAUUAAUCGACUUGAAUAUUUAAACGCAGUAAUAAACGAAGGCCUCAGAUUGUAUCCACCGGUCGCCUUCUUGGAAAGAAUAUGCGAUAACACGUAUGAGCUGCCGCCUUCGCUUCCGGGCGAGAAGCCUUUUAUCAUGAAGGAAGGUAUGAUCUUCUGGAUCCCGAGUUUCGCGCUUCAUCGCGAUGAGAAAUACUAUGACGAGCCACAAAAGUUUCGUCCCGAGAGAUUCUUAGAUAAUGCGCACCACAACUCGCCGUAUUAUUUACCGUUCGGAUCGGGUCCAAGAAUGUGCAUAGCCAUCCGAUUCGCUCUUUUGGUAAUCAAAGUCUUGUUGUUUCACCUGUUGGCACGAUGCGAAUUAAAACCUUGCGCAAAAACCACAAUACCACCUAAAUUCAAGAAGGCCGGCAUAGCAAUGGCGCCCGAAGGUGGAGUCUGGUUGAAUGUUCGACCUAGAAGCGAUACGCAACCCAUAUUCAAAUCAACAAUGGUUAACGAUACUGUUAGUAAUUGAAAAAUUUACUUUACAUUGAUGAAGAUUUAGUUUGUCAUGAACGAAUAUGUUUAAAAUUAUAUUAUGUAAUAAUAAUACUUUUAUCAGUUAUUUUUAUUACUUAUAUUAUUAUCUUUAUA